UUUUUUCUUUUUCUUGCUUCUUAACCGUCACUCCGUCGUUUGUUCGCUCUCCCUCUCCACGCCAUUUUUCCUUUUGCUUCUUACUCCCAAAAUUCCACUCGAUUUCAAUCGGAAAUCGGCCUCGUAAGAUCUCUGUUCUUCUUUGCCGCUUCCCGAUUUGAGUAUCGUUAGGGCUUCAGUUUGUUCUAUUCUAGGGCGCUUCUGGUUUUUUCUUUUUAUUUUUUAUCGGAAAUCUUGAAUUUCUUUUUAUAAUUAUUCUCCGUGGACGCAGUUACUUUCCGAAUUUCUAUUAUUGUUUUUGAAUUUUUGUCGUUGAUUGGAGAGAUUGCAAGAUUCGGAUUAGGUUCGAGUUUGGAUCGAGAUGGUGUGGGGGUUUGAAGUUUGGAAAAUUUAAACUAGCAGUUUUGGUGAACUCAUAGGAUUUGGCUGUUUUCCGAUUGAGUCAGUUGAAGAGAGCGGCAUUGGGGUGCGAAAGGUGGCAUUUUUAUGGGAUUAAUAGGUGAUUCAAUGCGUCCCUUGGAUUUUGGUGAUCUUCUGGCGUGGAAGGCGUGAUCAUGAGGGAUCCUCUGCGAAUCUGUGGAGGAUCCCGUUGCAGGAAGAAACGUAGGGAUAGAGUUUUAUUUCCUUGGUGGGUUUUUAGAGUAGUGGAACGUGCUUCACUCGGUCCUCUGUUUCCAUGAAGUUUUGUGUUGAGCAGAAGCAUCGGGGCAGGAGAUGAGUUGUUCGAGAGGACUCAUUCUCUUGUUUUCCGGAAGAAACUAGAGGUACUGGAAGAAUAUCAUCGGGCUUCUUGGAAGAUUUCAACAAUGUUUCCCCCCGGGACAAAUCCUUCACAAGAUGCAACUGGAGCCUCAGGUGGGGUGCUAAUUCCAACACGGUUUGUAUGGCCUUAUGGGGGGAGAAGGGUCCUUCUCACUGGCUCUUUCACAAGGUGGACUGACCAUAUACUGAUGUCUCCUGUGGAAGGUUGUCCUUCUGUAUUUCAAACUAUGUGGAACUUGACCCCCGGCGUCCACCAGUAUAAGUUCUGUGUUGAUGGGGAAUGGCGGCAUGAUGAGCAGCAACCUUUUGUGGUGGGAAAUUAUGGGACAGUAAACACGUUGCUUCUUGCAUGGGAACUUGAUCCAAGACCUGCAGUCUCAAGCCCUGAGGCACCUGACAGCAGAAGGAACAUGGAUGUGGACUAUGAAACCUUCCAACGUGUGGCCACGUCAUCAGGUGGUGCCCUGCAGGAGACAACUUCGAGGAUAUCGGAGUCUGAUAUAGAGGUCUCUCGCCAUCGUAUUUCUUCAUUCUUGUCCACCCAUAAUGCCUAUCAGUUGCUUCCAGAGUCAGGGAAGGUCAUUGCUUUUGAUGUUAAUUUGCCUGUAAAGCACGCAUUUCAUAUACUCUAUGAGCAGGGAAUUCCUGUGGCUCCUUUAUGGAACUCAUACCGGGGGCAAUUUGUUGGAGUGCUGAGUGCAUUGGACUUUAUAUUAAUUCUGAAACAGGUGCAUAUGGAACAUUGUUUCUCACAGCUUGGUAAUCAUGGCUCAAAUCUAACAGAGGAGGAGCUCGAAACUCACACAAUAUCUGCUUGGAAGGAGGCAAAACAACAACUCAGUAGGCAAAUGGAUCCAUGUGGAAGAACAUUUCACAGGCGGCUAAUCUAUGCUGGCCCCUCUGAUUCACUGAAAGAUGUUGCUUUGAAGAUUUUGCAAAAUGAGGUUUCGACUGUUCCAAUCAUUCAUUCAUCAUCAUUGGAUGGGUCGUUUCCUCAGCUGCUGCAUAUCGCAUCCCUUUCAGGAAUACUCAAAUGUAUUUGCAGGUACUUUAGGCAUUGUUCUGGUUCUUUACCCAUUUUGCAACAACCUAUAUGUACUAUUCCUUUUGGCACAUGGGUCCCAAAAAUUGGGGAAUCAAAUGGGAGACUGUUGGCAAUGCUGAGACCCAAUGCGACACUUGGUGCUGCCCUAUCUCUGUUAGUGCAAGCUGGAGUUAGUUCAAUACCAAUAGUUGAUGACAAUGACUCUUUGCUGGAUACAUAUUCUAGAAGUGAUGUUACAGCUUUGGCUAAAGAUAGAGCUUAUGCAAAGAUUCACCUUGAUGAAAUGCAAAUUCACCAGGCACUGCAACUUGGACAAGAUGCAAGCGCUCCAUAUGGAUUCUUCAAUGGGCAGCGAUGCCAGAUGUGUCUUCAUUCUGAUACUCUGCAGAAAGUGAUGGAGCGGUUGGCAAAUCCUGGGGUCCGGCGUGUUAUCAUCGUGGAAGCUGGAAGCAAGCGUGUAGAAGGCAUUAUUUCGCUGAGUGAUGUAUUCAGAUUCUUGCUUGGUUAACCUCGAGCAUCAAGUAACUUUUGAUUGUACUGUCUUGUGCUCUCAUCAUUGGCCUACCGGGCAAAUGGUAAUAUUUGUCUUCAUUUUAUUCCUCUUGGCCUCAUUGGUUUAGAGCCUGGUGUCUGUUGAGAAGGCCACGAGAGGUCUGUAAAUGAGGAAUUUUCUUUUACCCCAAUUUUUCAUAAUUCUUAUUUCUUAUUUCUA